AUGGAACUUUCAGUGCUUUUGGAAAAAUCCAAGAGAGAUCCUGAGGGAAGUUCAUGGUUGACAGCUUUAUCUUUAUACACAUUUCAGAAAAUAAAGCAAUAUACAUUAGUAGAUCCAACAGUCAUAAAUCAGGCGCUGAUUGCUCUUGAGAAAAGCCAGGACCUUCAAUCAGGAUGUUUUAAAGUCUCGGGGACUCUGUUUAACAGUGAACUCAAGGGUGGCGCUGAAAAUGAAAUCAGCUUUACGGCCUAUGUGGUUGCAAUUCUGAUGGAGACGAACUACCCAGGAGCGCAAACCCUUCUGCGUAAUGGCUUGGGCUGCCUGGACGCAGCAUCCAGGAGAGAGCAAACGCUGUAUAACCUGGCUUUGCUCUUCUACGCAUUCAGUUUAUCUGGGAAUGAAGAGAGGAGGAAUGCUACAUUGUCUAAACUGAAGAAAUUGGCAAUUCACGAAAGUAAGAAUUUCCCAGGGACGUUAGAUUAUCAGAUGUCUUUCUUAGAUUCACAGUGAAAUUGAGCAGAACCUCUUGGCAAGAAAAUGGUUUUAGGGUAGGCUGGGUAGGCUU